UGUAGUUAUUUUAAAAAAUAAAACAAUGUUAAAUAUGUUAAAAGUUUUUAAUUUCAUACUAUUGUUUUGUUUGAUUKCAGUAAAUGCAGAUCUGUCCGAUUUGAGUAAUCAUAUGCGCAAUGCAGUCAAUAGGGCACAGGAAAAUUUUCAGCAAGGUAUCAAUCGGGCACAGGUAGCCUCACAGGACUGGUUGGCACAGAUGAAGACCAAUGUAAAACAAUGGUCACAAAGAGCUCAGGAUUCCAUCAAUCAGGGCGAGGAUGGUAUGACUAAUUGGUGCGCCGAUUUGGACCGCACUAUCAACGAGGCACUGGACAAUGGUGGUCAGGCAUGGGAUCAAAUGGAYGCMCGAUUAGUAGAGUUGGGCCAACAGCUCAAUAGGGAUGCCCAGACUAUGGACGCCAAUAUGAGAGAACGUACGCAAAAAUUAAUAGAUAAUGUCAAUAAYAAAUUGCAACAAUUCAGAGAUAGAGUKCAGUCCAAUGGGCAAACAAAUACAGCUAAUUAA